AUGGAUAAAUACAAUUCUCAAUGGGUCGAGUUCCAUAUCCGGGAUCACCUGGAGGACGGUGAGAUCACCGUGCGACACACCGUCAUCGAAGGCGGAGAGUUCCACAACCCCGAGGACCGUAGGAAAUCUCUGACCGAGGACGAGAUCGACGAGCUCGUCAUCCCUGCCGACGGCAUCGGCGAGAUCUGUGCGAGUGGCCGUAGAGGCAGUGAGGGCCGCUUGGACCUGUUCCAUGGCGACUCCAAGAUCUGCGAGCUUCAUUGGGACAAUCGCGAGGGCCGGAUGAUGAACCUCGUCGAGAUGUUGGACAGUAGUGACAAGUAUAGGGUCGAGCAUGGGGGAUGGAGCCCAGAGGCUGGACCUCUGGGCCAUGUCUACGUGGACGUUUGGGCGAAGAACAAGAAGUAA